AUCAUUCAUUCACCGCACCGUUGUGAUUCAGUGGUGAACCGGCAAAUUAUCACAGCUGACUGACAAGACUUACCGACACGCAUGUACCUUGUGUAGAGAGCGCUCUGAAUAAAGAGAGACACCGGCGUGCCGCGGCACUCUCUGAAUAAACUCAGCGUGCUUGUCAGAGUGAAUGAGCUAAGGAAGAAUUUCAAGAUGCCCGGCUCGAAUUCCAAGUCCAUCUUCUCGAUGGAUAGAUGGAGGAAAGGAGGAAAAGAAUCCUCACAUGCAAACGGGAGUACUAAUGGAGAAUAUACACCUGUCGACAGGAGUGGGGAUGACGAGAAGGGGGACGAGUACGAGAAGCAUAGAGAAGCCAAUGUGGAUGUGGUAGAGGAGAAGCCAGAGGAGGAAGAUAAGUCGAGAGAAACAUGGGGUAGUGGGGUUGAAUUCCUUCUCUCAACCAUGGGAUAUGCCAUCGGUCUUGGGAACGUGUGGCGCUUCCCCUACAUGUGCUACGAGAAUGGAGGAGGUGCCUUCUUGAUACCAUACUUUAUAAUGCUGUUCAUUGUGUGUUUCCCAAUCAUGUUCAUGGAGAUGGGACUGGGCCAGUUCAGUAGCUUGGGAUGUAUCUCAGUGUGGGAAAUCAAUCCACUCUUCAAAGGAAUUGGUUACGCCAUGACGUUGGUGUCGUCCUAUUUCUGUUUCUACUACAUCAUCAUCAUGGCCUAUUCCAUCUUCUACAUGUUUGCGAGUAUGCAAUCUGAGCUCCCAUGGAGGGGCUGUAAUCACACAUGGAACACCCCAAACUGCUUUGAGGGCUCCUUAAGCCUCAACAAAACUCUCAAUUUGUCCGACCCCAUGUCCACUGCCACGCCCAAUGCCAGCGAAAGGGUCUGGGCGACAGAAGAAUAUUGGAAGUACUAUGUGUUAGACCAGACUGAUGGUCUCCAUGAUAUGGGUGUUAUCCGUUGGCAACUCCUUCUCUGUUUCAUAGCAGUGUGGAUCAUUGUCUAUCUCUGUAUCAUCAAGGGAGUGAAGACAUCUGGCAAGGUGGUAUACUUCACAGCGACGUUUCCGUUCCUUGUCCUUUUCAUCCUCCUCAUCCGAGGGCUAACUCUAGAGGGCGCUAUGGAUGGUGUCCUCUAUUUUAUCAGACCACGAUUCGACAAGCUUCUAGAAGCAAAGGUGUGGCUCUCCGCAGCCAAUCAGGUGUUCUUAUCGUACGGCGCCGGAUGGGGAGGGAUUCUUACACUGGCAAGCUACAACAAGUUCCAAAGAAAUUGCCUCAGGGAUGCACUGAUCAUUGUGUGUGCAGGGUCUUUGACCAGUAUCCUGGCAGGCUUUGUCAUCUUUUCAGUCUUAGGGUUCAUGGCCCAUGAUGCAGGGGUAGGCAUUGAAGAUGUUGUAUCAUCAGGACCUGGUCUUGCCUUCGUGGCCUACCCUGAAGCUCUGUCUAGACUGCCGUUUCCUCAGCUCUGGGCCUUUCUCUUCUUCUUCAUGCUAAUGACACUAGGAUUAGACAGCGAGUUUGUGACACUCGAGACGUGCAUUACUGCCUUUGUGGAUGAAUUCAAGGAUGACUACCCUUUUCUCAACAAACACAGGUUCUUUGUGGUUCUAGGGACUUGCAUAGGCAUGUUGCUGAUAGGGCUUCCUUUAACAAUGCAGGGAGGAGUGUAUGUCUUUGAGCUUUUCAAUUGGUAUUCUGCAGGCUUCACACCAAUGAUAAUAGUACUGUUUGAGGUCUGUGCUAUGUUAAUCUACGGUGGUAAUAGAUUCAUGAAGGACUUGUCUUACAUGUUUGGUGCCGUGCCUGUACCAUACUGGUGGUUCUUCAAUUGGUUUAUUGUGACUCCCAUUAUCAUCACGGUUAUCAUGGUCUUUGGCUUUGUAGACCAGGUCCCAGCAUAUUAUGAUGAUUACAUCUUCCCAGGUUGGGCCCAGGGUGUCGGAUGGGCGCUGACCAUGUCCUCAAUCUCUUUAAUAUUCAUAUACGCUAUCUACAUUGUCAUCAGGCAAAAGGGCUCACUUAUACAGCGUUUGAGAGUAUUGGUGCGUUCUUCCGACAAAUGGGGACCUGCUCUGGCCAAGAACAGGGAGCUAUGUGGGUACAAGCCAAUGCCAGUCUCGGGUACUGCCAAUAUAGAGUUAAAGAAAUUCAAAGACGUUGAAAAUGCCUGAGACCUUAAUUGGCUUCCAAUAAAAUUGACAAAAUAUCCAGUUUUGUGGGUUUAUUGAUGCCUUUCUACAAGGUGUAAAUAUACUUCUAAAUGACCACACAGAUUCAUGUACAAGUUUUUAUAUAUAUUCUAUUGAGCUACUUGUUCUUAUUAUGGGUUCGUUACUUCUCACUGACUAAUCAAAAUCGAAUCUCGUCCUAUGGACAAUCUUAGUGCUACGUUCUUGAUGAUUUAACUCUUGCUGCGCAGGAGAAGUUGACAUUUUAUGGAAAAUAAUGAUGAAGAACAAGUUUGAAAUUUGCUGAUCUUCUACAUGUUGCCAUUUUCCAAAGUGUUAUAUAAUAACCACCAAAGAAAAAGAAGAAAGAAAAAGGAGAAAUAGUCUUCCAUUUUAAAGCAAAGUAAUAUUAGAAUGAUUUUUUUGAUCCAUUUUAUUCAAGAUUUCCACAUAAUUAGCAGUAUACCAUUAUGUUACAUGUAUAUCCUUCCAUUGCAGGGAAAUUGACUAAGCGCCAUGAGCACCGAAAGGUGGACCUGUGCGCUAUACAAGUAGCCACUAUUAUUAUUAUUAUUAUUAUUAUUAUUAUUAUUAUUAUUAUUAUUAUUGUUGUAAUGAAACACAGUAGAAAGCGCAACAAAGGACUUUCGCAUAUUCAUUGGGCACUGUGGUGUAAGGUUCAGAAAUCUGAAAUGUAUUGCAUAUAUACAUCAUCAUAAAAAAGCUGCCACAUAUUUUUUUGUCCACGUCCUACCUGACGAGCCUUUAGGUUGGAAUAGUUACAGGGGGGCAUGGGGGACAUAUGCCCACCUACCAGGCCCCAUCGAAUAGGAAAUGGCGGGAGAUCGAAGUUAAAAGGAGAUGAUGAGCACCUUUCCUGUGCAUCCUUCCUCUGAUUAAUGGUCAUGUUAAUUUAAUAUGAAAAGGCACAUGCUUAUAUUGAGAAAAAAAAUGAUAUAAUUUACAAUAUGUAGAAAGAGAAGAUGACCUGAAUUUAUUAUUAUUAUAUAUAUAUGUUACUUGGACGGGUAGAGCAUUCGUUUAUAUAUAUUCACUGGAAUGUUCCUCGAUAUGUGAGGCCUGAUGUUGUCACUUUAUAUUGAAAGGGGUAAUGCACGUUCAUUAGCAGAUUUUGAAAUGACCCCCUAAUUGUGGAUUUUCAUUAACACUUUCUACAAAAAAAAUGAUCCCUUUAUGUGUAUAAACAGGUACAAAAUGGGCUUGAAUAUAACCCUAUUUGGGACUGAUUGAGUACCAGUACAAAUUUUGACUAUUUAUUUAUACAAAUAAACCAAAAAUGGUGGAGGUAUACCAUGACAUACAGGUAAUGAAAUUCCUUGAGUUUUAAAUAUUCACUUUAUUUUUGUACUUUAAAGAAAACAUAAGUUUUGAAUGGAGUUCCUUAUUAAAAAUCUACAUGCUUUGGUACCGGUGUGGCUACAUAAAUUGUACUAUUCAGGUGGAAACAGUAAUAACUUUAAUAUCAGUAGUCUUUUUUUUGUGAUGUAUCUGACAACAUUUUGCAUUAUGAUUUUUGUUAUAAAUAAAUUUGUAUAAGUGCUUAUGGACUACAUGAAAUUUUAAAAAAGCAAGUGGAACAGGAAUAACUUAUCACGCCAUUGUUUCUUUCCGUACGAUGUGUCUUACCAAAUUUCUAUAAUACAAAUAAAUUGGGAAUGUUUCCAUUUAUGUUGGAAAUAAUUUUUGCAUUUUUGUGAAACAUUUUCAAGUGCUUGAUUUGUCUCAUAUUGAGAUAAGGAAAGGACCAAGAUUUUUGUUUUUUUGUGAACAUAAAUAUCUGGCAUUAAUGAAGUUGAUUUGAUCCACUGCCAUUCAGUAUAUAUCGUCUGUACAAAGCCAAAGAGCCUUAACUCUGUAUCAAAACGUUUUUUUUCUUUUUUGUGAACAUAAAUAUUUGGCAUUAAUGAAGUUGAUUUGAUCCACUGCCAUUCAGUACAUAUCGUCUGUCCAAAGCCAAAAGGGCAUUAACUCAUUAUUGGAAAGGAUUAUGAUUUGUUGAGAAUUUGCUUGGUGUAUUAAGUGUAGAAUUUGGUUUUUGGUCAAUUAACUGGCAUAAGAGCUUUAAUUUUAGCAUACCAGUCAAAGGAGGAAUUUCCCCUCCUGUGUACCAUGUAACUUUGGCAGUGUAUUUGCUUGUAUCAACUUUGUUGGGUUUUUUUCCUUUGACUUUACAUAUGAUUUAAUUUGUGAUAUAGUUUGAAUAUGCUGCAACAUUUACAAGCCUUGUACAGUUAUCAAAUCAGUGCUUCCUACAAAUGCUCUUGAAUGCAACCCUUGAAUGUAACAGCAUAGUACUACCCUUCUUGCUUUCAUCAGAUGAGAUGGAAACACUCAAUUAAAUCUUAUGAAAAAUAGGUACAGUAUUAUAUACCUCUGCAUCGUUUCACAAAAUGGUCAUAAAUGCAUGGUAAAUUGUACGCAUUUCAAUUGGAUGUCAGCAACUUGUACUUACAACUACUUUGUGAAAUGCUACCCAGAAGGAUAAAUCAAAAUGAUAUUUUUACAGAAAUAUUGCAAUUUUCAGAAUUUGUCUUUCAGUCAUGCACAUCAGUAUGCAACUUUUGGAGUUGGCAUGAUGUAUCAAGCUAGUAGCAAAAUUAUUGCAAUAGAUAAACUCUCUCUGAAAUCAAGAUUAUUUGAAUGUGCCACUUGUAUGAUACAAGCAAUAACACGGGCCAAUAACUACGGUACCCAUUAUUGACUGGGGACCAAUCACGGUGGAAUAUUUGCUAUGUUUGGGAUUUCAUGACAGUAUAUGUGUGUGUAUAUGAUUUUAAACAUUUUCAGCUUCAAAUAUAACUUCAGUAAUAUUGUAUCAAAUUAUGCUCUAAAUAGCAAUUUAUGAGUAGAUCAGUGAUCUAUGAUAGCAUUCUCAUCUUGAUUUUUUUUGGUGAUUUUAGUGUACCGUAUAAAUAUAAAUCAUAUUUUUAGGUAAUUGGUUCUCUGUAGGAAGUUGUAACUGUGGUAGAAUAAAUCAUAAUCGGCAAAUCGGCAAAUAAUCAUAAUCAAGUGUGUGUUGAAAUACAAUUGUAAUCAACAAAUAGGACUCUAUUUUUCAAUAUUCUAUUUACCCAGAAACAAAGUCUGUCGAGUGACGUACACGACGGACGUGUAAAAUAUCACAAUACAUGAAAUAUUAUACCUCUCCUCAUUAUCACUUGACGGACAUGUGCGCUAUAUAAGAAGCCAUUAUUAUUAUUAUGUCGCAUUUUCUUUUGUCGUGUAACCAGUGGAUGUACAGUAUCUUUAUCUAGAAGAACGAGGUGCAAUCGUAGCCGAAGCAUUAAUGUAUGCUCUAUUUUCCAGACAUAUAUUUAAAAAGAGAUACUUCAAGCUUGUAUAAUUUGUUGAUACACCGAAUAUGGGUAAUAAAUUUAUGCUUUGUAGAAUUUACUAAUUAAACAAUUGACAACUCUAUUAAAAUGUUUAUUUUAAAUAUUGUUGAAACUACUGCUUUCUGCAUUUUUUUCAAUAUUAAAUUAUUUGUCUGGCAAUUUGGAAUACAAA